GCAUACGGAUCUUCAUCGAUUUAUUCCCACUCCCAGUAGCAAACGGACCGUACUCGAAUCAAGACGUGCUCAUCGGGCUAGAAAAGACGUAUCCUACAUCGUACGCUCCAUAAACCGAAUCGAAUCGAAUACGAUCGGAACCGAGACUUUGACUCACCCAUACACUCACUCGCGGUGUUCGAAAACAAAUAACACAUCUAAGAUUGUCGUGUCAGAGGUCUGAAGAGAGUGAACGGGAACGGGAAUCGGCAAGAUAUAUAUACAUAUAUAGAAGAGGAGGGAGUGCACCAGGCGGAGUGCAGGAGGAGGAGGAGGAGCAGCUCCAGCUCCAAUCUCCAAAUUUCAAUCCCACCCCCCCUUAACCGAUUCGAAUCGGACCGGAAUUUCAAUUCCGAUACCGAGAUCCGGAGAUCGGGAGUGUUUUAAACGAGAGUCCCGAGUGCGUGCAAAAUAAAUCUACUCCUAGUGCCAGUUGAUAGUGCCGCAUUGAAAUCUGAUGCCAUCGAGAGUUCAGAGAAUCCAAAAAACCGAAAACCAAAUCCCGCCUUUGGAAAACCGAUCUGCGAUCUGGAAACCCCCGGCCCGCAUACAUAUGUGAGCCAGUGGGUAUUUUCCCGAUCGUUUUCCGAUUGUUUUUCCGAGCUGCCUGCUCGCCACCUCGCAGUUGAAAAUCCACCGCCUCAGCGCAUGCAACGCGUCCUUUUGAAUCGUGAAUUGUGAACAGAUCCAACUAUAUAGAGACUAUUCUCGAAAACUGAACCAAAACCAAAGAAUUGUGAACUAGAUAAGUGAUCUUGAGUGAUCGGCUAGUGAUCGGCCGCCAAAAUGACUUCCAUAAUGUACACCGUUUUCCACCUGGCAUCGCUCCAGUGCUCGGUGCGACCAGAGAUCUCGCCCUGCACCUGCGAAACGGGCAAGGCCUGGAACCACGUGGAGCUCUCCUGCGAGAAGCUCGAAUCCUUCAAUGCCGUUGUCGACACCCUGGCCAAUAAGUUUAAUCCCGACACCAAGAUCGAUCUGAAAAUCACGCACUCGCAACUGGACGACCUGGAAAUGAGAUCGUUUACGGAUAUGAACUUCAAUCUGUACAAGCUGCGGAUGAAAUGGAACGGACUAAGAUCGCUGCCCGAAGUACCAUUUCGCGGGUUAUCGAAUGUCACCUACCUAGGCAUCGGCGACAACGAACUCGAAGAGAUCCCAAAGCACGUCUUGAGCCACAUGCCCAGCCUGCGAACACUGGACAUAGGACGCGGCAAUGUACGGGCGGUGCAACAGGACGACUUUAAGGGCAUCCAGGAGGUGACGAACCUAAUUCUACCGAGUAACAACAUAACUCGCCUGGACAAAGGAUCUUUUCCGCGGAGCCUUCUGAUAUUGCAUUUGGGACGAAAUCGUUUAGAGACGCUGAAUGGAACUCUGCUGGAUCUGGACAAGCUUCAGUCGCUUUUCAUCAAUGCCAACAAUAUCAGCACCCUGGAUAAUGAGCUGCCGGAUGGGAGCAAGCUGCGCCUGCUCAUGGCCCACAAUAAUCGGCUAGAGAGAUUGCCGGCCAACAUGGCGGAAAUGGACCAAUUGGAGACGGUGCACAUCCAAUCCAACCGACUGCGCUCUUUGGAUCGUGUCUUCCGGAAUGCUGUUAAUCUGUCGGAGUUCCUGGCCGAAAACAACGAGCUAGAAUACUUGGCCCAGGAUGAGUUUUCCUCCUGCUACCAAAUCGACAACCUCCUAAUGGGCUGCAACCACAUCCGAUCCCUGAACUACUCGCUUCUACCCAUUCUCAAGCUGAAGAAUGCCAACUUCUCGUUUAACGACAUGGAGGAGUUCUCCAUGGCCGAGAUACACGGUCUGCGAUCCCUCAAGUUCCUGGUUCUGUCCAACAACCGUAUCCAACGCCUUCUGCCCGAUCCGCGGGGUAUACAGAAGAUGUUGCUCGUGGAAUUUCAUCUCGACCAGAACAGGAUAGAGGCUCUAAACGGCGCCUUGGCAGGAUUAGGGAAUCUAAGGAUUCUAAACCUAGCCAGAAAUCGAUUGGAACACCUUCAGGAGGGCGACUUUGAUGGUCUUCAACGUCUGGAGAUCCUUGACCUCACAGGAAAUCAGUUGGUAGAUCUGAAACCUAUGGAAACGACAAUUUUGCCCAAUCUAAAGAUCCUUAAUGUGGCAUUCAACAACAUUACCAAGCUGGAGCAGGACUUCAAGGGUCUACCCGUACUGUGCCAGGCCAACUUGACCAACAACCAGAUAUCCUCCAUCUCGAGCGAUCUCGUCACAAAUACACGCUGCAGGAACCACAAUGUGCCCGGAAAACUGGAAAUAAAUCUAGAUGAUAAUCCCAUUAUGUGCGACGUGAGAUUGAACGAACUGUGCCGACUAAUGACCGUCCAGGAGGCUCGCAUCCGAGGACGAUCCCAGUGCUUCGAAAACGACCAGGAAGUUUGCACUGUACUCCCAAUGCUCUACAAGGUAGACCUGCCGAUUGUGGUUGCCAAUCUGAAGAUAGGCGGCAGGGAGGACGCCAAGCCGGUGGUGCAGAUGCUGGUGCCAUCGUUGAUGAAGGGCAACGAGGAACUAUUUCCUCCGAUCAUCGCCACUCUGGGUCAGCCGCUCAUUAAUCCUGUUAUCAUUGGAUCCGCAAUAGUGCCGUCUUUGACGCCCCCAAUACCUCUGCUCACCACCACUCCGCCAGCUCCUGUUGUAACCACCACCGAGAAGGAAGUCAGGGUAGAAGAAUCCCCGACCGUAAGUCCUGUUGCGAGCAACACCACCACGACGACGACAACGACAACUACACCCAGUGCUCAAGUGGCGCCCACCGAGAUCAUAACCACCACUGCGCCCACUACAACAACCACCACUACGACAACACCCAACCCGAAUGAAACGUUGCCCGUGAUUGUGGAGAUUCAGGAGUCCGAGGCCCACAAUGCCAACCCAAUAAAUAACACAGAAAAUGUCGAAGCUGGUCCUGAUGCUAAAGCAGAGGAGGAUCUAGCAGUAGUGGUGCCUCCUCUGACAGUUGGAGAUCCAAUCCAGGACGACAGGGAGAAGGAGCGGCAGCGGGAAAAUGAAAGUGAGGACCAGCUGAAGCACGAUCUCGACCAGGAGUCGGUGGCCAAAACCGAGUACGAGACGGUCGAGUUUAUACCCAAUCUGGUGCAGCCGCCGGGCAAGGCGAAUGCCCUCGAGGAGGACUCCGAUGCGCAGUCCAACUCCGUGCACGCGGAAUAUCCGCAUGCGGCGCAGAGCCUCCAGAUCCCCGAGGAGCCGCCGGAGGAGUGAGCUUCCGGUUCCGCCGGGGAGUCCGCCCUCCCCAGAAAAUAUUAUUUUACUGUAAAUCGCAGAGAUGGAGUCGAAGGAAUCGAAAAGGAAGCAGCAUGCAGAACGAGAUUCGGAUUUUUACACGGAAAAGAAAUCAAUAACAUUCGGAUUAAAAGCAGGAUAACAAGGGACAUUUUUAUUUUAUGUGAUUUAGGAAAGCUUUACGAGAUUGUAUAAAGCCUUCGUUAAAUUCUUUAAAAGGUAUUUUAUCCAAGUAUAUAGCGGCGAUGUCAAAUCGACACAAACAUUACCUUAACUGUCCUGUUUUUAAUCCAAAUGCGUUUAAUUUUUAUUCAGUGUAAGCCUUAAGUUAACUUAGUUUUUAUGUUUUAUUUAAGCCAAUUGCUAAAUCAAACAGUUUGUCGGACGGUUUUUGUUGAGUUUUUUUUCUGCGAAACAGGGACGACGAGGAAGGAUCGAGGAGGAGGAUGACCCAGGUCCAGGUCCAAAGGGAACCGACCGUCUUAUGAUUUAAGUUUAUUUGUUGGGGGCUCAAUUACGUGAAUGUGUUGGCAUAAAAAUGUGUGUUUCGGAUUUCACUUUACCUUCUCUAAAAUAAACUAAAGUUCUUAUGGAACGAUAAAUUAAAUUUAUUCAUUUUUUUUAUUCUACUUCUAUUCAAAAUCCAGUGAAGUGAAAUCCGGAACUAGAGUGAUGACAUUAGAUGGAAAGCAGCGCCGGUGGCGAUAUCAGAUAUGCAAAGUGCAACUGCAUAUAUACUAUAUAUCUAUAUUUAAUAACUGUAUACACGUUUGUACGUUGAAUAUCUAAAAGUAGGUACUUAGAGUUUAACGACAAAACAAUAAAUCGCAUCGAGCAAAUGUUAAUGACGAAAUGCAAAAUAACACUCGCACUGACAUAAAAACACACAUCCACAAACUAAAUAAACGAGAAAAUUCGAAAAAAAUAUUAAGAUUGUUAUCGUUGGUUAACAAAUGAGAAAAUAGAUAUUAGCUUGUAAUUAUGUGCAAAUGCAAAUGGUAUUCUAAAUAAAAACGUAAAUAAAAAUGGAA